AUGGUCAUCAGCCGCAACCUAUUUGAAAAGGGCAGCGGCGCCUGCCACCACCAUAUUUCACGACACAGUACUCAGGCCGCGUCCUCUGCCGCAACCCAGCCGGACCUGCUGCUCGUGUCGAGCGGGUUUGACGCGGCGCGCGGGCACCCCUCGCCGCUCGGCGGCUACCAGGUGUCGGCCGCCUGCUUCGCCUGGAUGACACGCCAGCUGAUGACGCUGGCCAACGGCAAGGUGGCGCUGGCGCUGGAGGGCGGGUACGAGAUCAGCGCCAUCUGUGACGCCACGGAGCAGACGAUGCGCGCCCUCCUCUCUGAUGAGGUGCAGCCCAUCAGCGACGAGGAGCUCAGCAGAAAGCCGUGCCAGGCGGCCAUCGCCACACUCCAGAAGACCAUCGCCAUACAGGUGCCGCACUGGCCGUGCGUGAAGCGGACGGCUCACCUGGUGGCGCUCUCGCACGCCGAGGCGCUCAACGACCGCGACGCCGAGACGCUGUCGGCCAUGGCCGGUCUGUCCGUCCACCACCAGCACCAGCACCAGCAGCAGCACCCGCAGCAUCAGCAGCAGGCGGACGAGGCGGCCGUCGCCGGACAGCCGCCGCCCUGCAGGUCAUCCCCGAGACCUCGUGGCUAA